AUGGUGCAGGAUACAGAUGAAAAUCAAGAACAAUGGACAAAGAAACCACAGCUUCCUUCGACAUCAUACAUACCUCAAAAGGAUCUGCUAGACAACAAGUGCCUAAUUGAAAAAUACACACAUCUCUCCUGCAAAAAAGUCUUCUGUCAACCAUGGCAAAAAUGCAUCGAUGGGACCUGUAUCUGUAAACUCCCUUAUCAGUGCCCAAAGAAUGGUACCUCAGUGUGUUCAACUAAUGGGAAAAGCUACCUAACUUACUGUCAGCAGAAGAGUUUUGAAUGUCUUCAGCCAAGGGCAAAGUUUUUAAAUAGUGGAACAUGCAUAGCUGAAGGACAAUUUAGUGUUUCCUUAAAGUAUGGAACUACCACUUCUGAGGGAAUUGUUGAAGUAAAACUUGUAGACCAAGAUAAGAAAAUGUUCAUAUGUAAAAAAGCCUGGAGCAUAGUGGAGGCUAAUGUGGCCUGUCUUGAACUUGGAUUUCAACAAGGUGCUUUGGAGGCUCAAAAAAGUUUUGAAGUUCCUGAAGAUCUCCAUAUGAAUUCUACCGAAUGUCUGCAUGUGCAUUGUCGAGGAUUAGAAACUAGUUUGGCUGAAUGCACUUUUAUUAAGAGAAGAACUAAAAAUUACCAGGAUUUAGCUGGUGUGGUAUGUUACACACAGAAUACAGUUUCUUCAGCAAAUGACUCCUUUCGUUGUGUGAAUGGGAAAUAUAUUCCUCAAAAGAAAACCUGUAAUGGUGUCAAUGACUGUGGAGACCAAAGUGAUGAGCUGUGCUGUAAAGGAUGCCGAGGCAAAAGUUUCCUUUGUAAAUCCGGUGUUUGUAUUCCAAAUAAGUAUAAGUGCAAUGGUGAGCUGGACUGCAUUACAGGAGAAGAUGAAAUUGGUUGUAAAGGUGAACAGCAUAUUGAUCUGACACAUGUAUCGGGACAUGAUGACCACAGACCUGGACAUUCUGAAAUUAAAGAAGAAACAGAACUUUUGACUGCUAAUAUGGAUGCAGAAAGAAAACGGAUAAAGUCACUUCUCCCUAAACUAUCCUGUGGAGUUAAACCCAUCCGGCCCACUCGAAGGAAACGAGUUGUUGGAGGAAAGCCAGCAGAAGUGGGAGACUUCCCGUGGCAGGUGGCAAUUAAGGAUAAUGAGAAAAUCAACUGUGGAGGAAUUUAUAUUGGAGGCUGUUGGAUUCUAACUGCUGCACACUGUGUCAGUGUCAGUAAAGCUCACCAUUACCAAAUAUGGACAUCAUUUCUACAUCUGUUAAGACCUGAGGAAGAGCUAGUUGUUCAGCUAGCAAAUAAAAUUAUUAUCCAUGAAAACUACAAUGGAAGCAGCUAUGAAAAUGACAUAGCUUUGAUUGAAAUGAAAAAACACUCAAACAGAAAAGAAUGUGUGCUGCCUAAUUCUGUCCCUGCUUGUGUCCCCUGGUCUCCAUAUCUAUUCCAACCUAAUGACAGAUGCAUUAUUUCUGGCUGGGGCCGAGAAAAAGAUAACCAAAAAGUCUAUUCACUUCACUGGGGUGAAGUUAAGCUAAUAGACAACUGCUCCAAGUUUUACCCGGGUCGCUACUUUGAAAAAAAAAUGGAAUGUGCAGGUACAGAUGACGGUUCCAUCGAUGCCUGUAAAGGGGACUCUGGAGGCCCCUUAGUCUGUCAAGAUAUCAACAAUGUGACUUAUGUUUGGGGUGUUGUGAGUUGGGGUGAAAACUGCGGAAAACCAGAGUUCCCUGGUGUUUACACUAAAGUCGCCAAUUAUUUUGACUGGAUUAGCUAUCAUGUAGGAAGGUCUCUUAUUUCUCAGUACAAUAUAUGA